AUGAGGUGCCACCCGAGUACGCGGCCAAGCCGCUGCCUUGCCCUCCAAAGAAGAGGCCACCGGCUGCCACGCCAACCGUACACGUUGAAGCGCCGGCCACUCCUGCUCCUGCUCCUGCUCCUGCACCAACAGCAAGCUCACCGCCUGCACGCGGAGCUCCAGCUGCGACCCCGCUAG